AUGGGCUGCCUGCACGACGACGCCAGGGUCAGCCACUCGGUCUCGUUCCUCCUCGGAGCUCUUCUCCCCACCGUGCUGCUCUUCUUCCUCGCCUCCGACCGGCUCGGCGAGAAGCUGGCAACCAUCUCAAGCUCAAGCUUGGGGAAUCAGAAUGGACCAGCUCAUCAGCAGAUGAGCCAUGCCAACCUCAUCUCAACUCAUGCUUCAGCUCAAGAAAAGGAGGAGAGAGUAUUCCCGGGGCUGGCGGAGCUGCUGCCCAAGGUGGCCACGGACGACCGCACGGUGAUCAUCACGUCGGUGAACGAGGCGUGGGCGGCGCCGGGGUCGCUGCUGGACCUCUUCCGCGGAAGCUUCCGCGACGGCGAGGGGAUCGCGCACCUCCUAAACCACACGCUCAUCGUCGCCGUCGACGCCGCGGCGUACCACCACUGCCGGCGCGUGCACCCGCACUGCUACCUCCUCGAGGUCGAGGCGACGGCCAUGAACCUCAGCUCCGCCAGCGACUUCAUGAGCGGCGCCUACCUGGAGCUCGUCUGGGCCAAGCUGGAGCUGCAGCAGCGCGUCCUCCAGCUCGGCCACAGCUUCCUCUUCACGGACGUGGACGUGGUGUGGCUCCGGGACCCGUUCCGGCACAUCGGCGUGCACGCGGACAUGGCCGUGUCCUGCGACAUCUACUCCGGCGACGCCGACGCGCUCGACGGCAACUGGCCCAACACGGGCUUCUACUACGUGAAGGCGACGGCGCGGACGGUGGAGAUGAUGCGGCGGUGGCGGGCGGCGCGGUGGCGGUUCCCGAGGGCUCACGAGCAGACCAUCUUCAACCAGAUCAAGCACGAGCUGGCCUCCGCGGACGGCGGCCUGCGGCUGCGGUUCCAGUUCCUCGACACGGCUCGCUUCGGCGGAUUCUGCCGGCUGUUCCACAACGACAUGGCCAGGGCGUGCACCAUGCACGCCAACUGCUGCUUCGGCCUGGAGAAAAAGUUGAGCGAUCUCCGAGACGUGCUCGGGCAGUGGAAGAACUACACGGCCAUGACGCCACCGGAGAGGAGGAAUGUCGGGUGGCGCGUCCCGGCCAAGUGCGGGACGCCUGACAAGAGGGCGCGGACGGGGCCGGGCUCCUGAUCCCGGCCUGCGCGUGAUUCUGGAAUUAUUUGCUGAGGCAUCGG